GGUAGUUGAAUGGGAGAUGUACUAACAACCAUCAUAGAAUAAAUUAGACGUUUAAUAAUUGAUUAGUUUAUUAAGUAGGUGGAACGUUGCCUCGUGUAAGAAUAUUUAGAAGGACUAACUAGUCUUGUAAAAAAUAAUAAAAUAAUCUGAAUAAUGUUUAAGUAAGACAACAUGUUUUAUUAUAACCAAAUACUCAUUCAUUCAAAACUCUGAGCUGCAUUAUUAUUUGGUAUAUAUUUUGAAGUGAAGGAAGUGAAUUGAGGAGAAAGAAUAGUGAAGUAUUGUCAAUCAUCCAUUCUCAGUGCUCUCUUUCAAGCUUUCUUCCGAGUCUCUGCCUGCUUUCUUUAGUUUCCCUCAUAGUCUGCUCAGAUCAAGUGCAUAGCUCAACGAAAACAUUAUUUUCCCCUCAAUUCAGUACAACACAGGUGAAACCUCUCAAUGAUCACACGCACCGCCGAAGCGUUUUCAAAGAAAAGGGCUUGAAAUAUAUCAUUUAACUCAUUCGAAGAAGCUGGUGUGGAUCAGUUUCUCGUAUACUCUCAGAAACUCUCUUGCAGUGUUUCUCGGUGUUACGAUUUGGAAUAGUGACAAGCACAAGGAAAUCACAACUUAAGAUCAUCUAAUUCGAAUAACAGAGAGUUGUAGUCGAGAAGGGUACAAGAAAAAAAGGUUGGAAGUAUGGAAAUUGUGUCGAAAAUAUUUGAUCCAGCAAUUGAGUUUGUGCGGGAUCAUGGUAUUAGGCAGGUGACUUACAUUUUUUGUUACACGAAAAAUUUUAAGGAACUACAGAAGAAAGUUAAGCGUCUAAGAGAAAUAAAAGAGAGGUUAGUUCGUCAACACGAUGAAGCUAAAAGAAAGGGUGACAUAGUUGAAGGUACGGUUGAAGAAUGGUUUGUGGAAGUGGGUGAAUUUGAGAGUAGUGUUGAAAACUACAGCAAAAAUGCAGGUCACAAGAAGACAAGGGGUCUCUAUUAUUUGUUUCCUUACUAUAGGCACAAACUGGGCAGACAAGCAAAGAAGAUGGAAAUAGAGGCUUUGAGGCUAANAGAUGAGUCCCCCAAGAUUGACGAAGUUUCCCAUGCAGAGAAAGUAACAUCUUUUGACCUCACUUCAUCUAAUUCUGGCUACAUUGAAUUUAAUAGUAGAAAAUCCAUUAUGGAAGACAUAAUGAAAAAACUUAAAGAUCCCAAUAUGAAAAUUAUUGGACUCCAUGGAUCACAAGGGAUGGGUAAGAGCACUUUAAUAAAAAAAAUUGCUAAUAAAGCUAAAUAUGAGGGGUUAUUUGAUAGGGUGGCUGAAAUAGAUGUAACUAUCAAUCUCAAUCCACUUAAUAUUCAGGAAGACAUUGCAUAUGUGCUAGGAUUGCAACUAACAGGGGAAAGUGAAAAUGUAAGAGCUGAUUAUCUAAGGAGAUGGUUAAAGAUAGAAAAUGUGAGCAUCCUUAUAAUCUUGGAUAACCUUCAUGAAAGAUUAGACUUGAAUAGGUUAGGGAUUCCGAUUGAUGAUGAUUAUGACUUAAGAAAGAAGAAUGAGUUAAGCAUAAGGUCAAGUAAAAAAGAUAAAGACGACAACACACAGGGUACCGACGAAAAAGUGCUAAAAAAAGCAAAUUUUCUUGCUGAUUAUAAGGGAUGCAAAGUUUUGCUUUCUUCACGUUAUAAGAAAGUAUUUCCUAAUGAGGUUGAUGUUGAGUCCAAUUUUUGUUUAAAGGAAUUAGAUGGCAAUGAUUCAUUGAAGCUAUUUGAGAAGGUGACUGGAGGAGGUAAUAAAAUGUCUAUGCCUAAAGAAGAAAUCCAAAACUAUUGUGCAGGGUUGCCCAUGAGAAUAGUUACAUUUGCAAUGGCAUUUAAAAACUGGAGUGAGUCAGAAAGUGAACCUACACUGGAAAAAUUUAAAAAGCAAGGUCUGGUUAAAUGGAAGGAGUCUUCGGAGAUUCCUAAUAAAAUAAAAUAUGACCUUCCAGAAAAUAAGGAACACAAGUUCAUUUUCUUGCUUUGUGCUCAAAUGGGCCACCUACCCCUGGUUAACGACUUGGUGAAAUAUUGCUUUGGAUUAGGUAUACUUGAAGGGGUCUCUUCCCUUAGUGCAGCUCGGAAAAAAAUAAAUGAAGUGAUGCAAGAGUUGAAAAACUUGAGUUUGGUGUCAUACGAAAAUCCUAAUAUUCAUUUCAGUAUGCCUCAUAUGGUUCGAGAUGAUGCUAUAAGUAAUGCCCUCAUGGAUGACAAUGUUUUUGCUAUCAGAGAUGGAAAACUAGAUUAUUGGCCCAAUCUUGAAAAAUGCAUUUUUAUUUCUAUAUGCAAUAGUGACAUUACAUAUCGGUUUCCUCAAGUCAUAAAUUGUCCACAACUUAAAUUCUUGCAAAUAGAAACUAACAAUCCAUCUUUAAAAAUACCUGAGAGGUUUUUUAGCAACAUGAGAAACUUGUUAGUUUUAAUAUUGAGAGGUUUUCAUCUAUCAUGCUUACCUUAUUCAAUUGAAGACCUAUUGAACCUCAGAAUGCUUUGUUUGGAGCGGUGCACUUUGNNUUGCAAUUUAUCGGUAUUGAGAAAGUUCAAAGACCUAAGUAUUCUCAGUUUUUCUGGAUCUCAACUUAAAAAUUUGCCNGUUGAGUUACAAUACUCGGAUANGUUGCNAUUGCUAGACAUCANUGAUUGUUUUGAAUUGGAGAUUAUUCCACCUAAUCUUAUAUCUAAUUUGACAUGNUUGGAAGAGCUAUAUAUNGGAAAAAGCUUGAUGAAAAUGUUNGUGGAAAGAGAGGAAAGCAAAGGUCAAAAUGCAUUUCUUUCUGAGCUAANAAAUUUACAUGAGUUGAAAGUGGUGGACUUAAGCAUCCCGUGUGUUUCAAUUUUACCCAAUCACUUAUUCUUUGACAGGUUAAAAUAUUACAAGAUUGAAAUUGGGGACUUCGAAAUGUUUUCUAUUGGAGAAUUUAAAAUGCCCAAUAAGUAUGAAGAACUCAAAGUAUUUGCAUUGCAACUGAAGGACGACACUGAUAUCCACUCCCAUAAAGGCAUAAAAUUGUUAUUUAAAACAGCACAAAGUUUGUUGUUGGGAAAGGUAGGUGUUCAAAAUGUUGUUAACGAGUUGAAUAUAGACGGAUUUCAGGAUUUGAAACACUUAUCCAUCAUAAAUAACAAUGACAUCAAAUAUAUCAACUCAACAUGUUUGUCUAAUAGUGUGAACAUUUUUCCCAAUUUGGAAUCUCUAUGCCUCUACAAUAUGAUGAACUUAAAGAUGAUAUGUGGCAGUUCAAUUACACUUGAAUCAUUUGCCAAAUUAAAAACCAUCAAGGUUAAGAUGUGUUAUCAAUUGGAAAAUCUCUUCUCCUUCUAUGCAAUUAAAAUCUCUACUAGCACAAGAUCAAGUGAGAUUAAUGAAUGUAAUUCUUACAAGAAGAAAGUUUUGGCUAGUUUAGAAAUGAUUGAGGUUUGUGAAUGUGAAUCUUUGAAGGAGAUCCUUCAAAUACCGAUGGAUUGUGAUAAGGUUAAGUUUCUCAGAUUACACACUUUGACACUCCAAUCAUUGCCAUCACUCACUUCUUUUAAUACCAAAGUCAAGAGAUCUUGUUGGCCACAUUCGAUAGAUGCUCAAACUACAAAUAGGGAUCACACAGAAAUUUCUACUGAACAAGAUGGCCAUAGUGACAAUGCGCCUCCUCUUUUUGGUGAACUGGUUGAAGUUCCAAACUUACAGAACUUGAAUUUAUCCUCACUCAACAUCCCUAAGAUAUGGAGCGACCAACACUUGUCAAGUUUCUACUUUCAAAACUUGAUAAGGUUAGUUGUGAAAGAUUGUGAUAAAUUGACACAUCUAUGUUCAUUAUCUAUGGCUAGCAGUUUGAAGAGGUUGAAAAGCCUCGUCNUAAGUGGAUGUCGUAUUAUGGAAAAUAUUUUUGAGAUUGAAGGAAUUAGUGCAAACAAGGUUUGUGUCUUUCCUAAGCUGGAGGAAAUCCACCUUAGCAACAUGAAGAGGUUAACAAAUAUUUGGCAAACUGAAGUCAGUGUUGAUUCCUUUUGUAGUCUCAUUUCCGUAAGCAUCGAAGAAUGUAAUGAAUUGGACAAGAUUUUUCCAAGUCACAUGGAGGGAUGGUUUGAAAGUUUGAUUAACUUAAAAGUUUCUAAUUGUAAGUCCGUGAAAGAGAUUUUUGAAGUUACUGAUUAUGAAGAAAUAGAUGAAUAUGGUGGGAUAGACACAAAUUUGCAGGUUAUUCUUCUUGAAGACCUCCCGAAAUUGAAGGAAUUGUGGAGCAAAGAUCCACACGGAAUUCUCAAUUUUAAAAACCUUCGGACUAUAGAUGUAAGUAAUUGUGAAGAACUGAGGAAUUUGUUUCCAGCUUCUAUGGCAAAAGAUGUAUCAAAGCUUGAACGUAUGUCAAUAUUGCAUUGUGAGAGGAUGGUGGAAAUUGUUUCAAGUAAAGAUGCAUCAGAAGCUAACAAUGAUCCAUUAGAGUUUCCUGAACUAAGCUAUGUGAGAUUAUAUGAGCUUCAAAACAUCAGGCAAUUCUACAAGGGGAGACAUCCAAUAAAGUGUCCAAAGUUGAAGGAAUUAAGCAUAGGGAAGUGUAUGAAGCUUAAAACAUUUUCACAAGAAACAAGUGAUGAAAAGUUUGUUUUCUCAGCUGAAGUGGUAUUUCCGAAGUUGGAGUAUAUGGAAAUUGACUUCCUGGAAGCCCAGAAUUUGUUAUCCAAGUACGAAAUGCACAAUUUAAAAGAGCUUAUUAUCUUGAGAGCAAUCGAGUGCCCAGAUCUUUUCUACCCCUUUCUCUACAAAAUGCCAAAUCUAGAAAAGUUAAAAUUGACUUUCGGAUAUUAUUCAUCGUAUUACAGAUUGCAAAGUAGAAACAUUGGGCAGCAUGACAGAUUGGGAGUCGUAUUACAGUUGAAGCAAUUGAUUAUUCGUUCCUCAGAUAUAAAUGAUAUAGGAUUUGACCGGGACCAAGUUCUACAGAGAUUGGAGCUUUUGAGCUUGAAAGAAUGCAACGAAUUGAAGACUUUAGCUCCUUCUUCUGUAUCGUUGAGUUACUUGACAUGUUUGAAAGUAAAAAAUUGUGAGGGAUUAAGGAAUUUAAUGGCAUCCUCCACGGCCAAAAGCAUGGUUCGACUUAAGACUAUGAAGGUAAUCAACUGUGAUAAGGUAAAGGAAAUAGUAAGCCAUGAGGAAAAUGAAGAAGACAAAGUGAUGAAAAUUGUAUUCAGCAAAUUGAUAUCUAUAGAACUUGUGGGGUUAAACAAACUCGUAAGCUUUUGCAGUUACAAGGACUGUGAAUUUGAAUUUCCAUCACUGGAAAUAUUGAUCGUAAGAGAGUGCCCAAAGAUGGAAAAAUUCAGUGAAAAAAGAGCAAUAGCACCAAAGUUGAAAGAUGUAUUUGGUGUGGAAGGAGAUGAAAAAGCCAAAUGGCAGUGGAGAGGUGACUUGAAUGCUACCAUACAGAAGGUUUUCAAUGAUAAGGUCAGUUUCGCAUAUACUGAAGAACUGUGGUGGCUUGAUUAUAAUAUUAUAAAGCAACUAUGGAAUAACACUCAUUGGGGGCAGCAAAAUAACUUUGGGUAUUUGAAAAGGUUGAGCUUAUCGGGAUGUGAUACUCUAACGCGUAUAAUUCCAUAUCAUUUGCUUUCUUGCUUUCACAAUUUGGAAGAGUUAUAUGUAUUCAGUUGCAGUAAUGCAGAGGUGAUAUUUAAUAUGAAUGGUGAGAACAGGGUGAUGACAAAAUCUUCCGGAAUAUUCCGUCUGAAAAUAUUGUCUUUAAGUUUCCUACCAGCACUGGAGCAGGUAUGGGACAAGGAUCCGGAGGGAGUCAUAGGCCUUCAACUGCUAAGGGAAAUGCGUGUUGAAGAUUGUAAGAGUCUUAAAAGUUUGUUUCCAGCAUCGGUAGCCAAACAUCUUACGAGACUUGAUGUACUUAUAGUAACAGACUGUGAGGAAUUGGUAGAAAUCUUUGAGAAGGAUGAAAAGGAUGAGAAAGGAGAAGGAGCAACACAUGAGUCUGUGUUUCCUCGUCUCACCACAUUGACGCUGAAGCAAUUGCCACUCCUCAAAUACUCUAUACAAUGCUCCAAACAACAGGAGAGUAUAUCAAAUUUGCGUUUUAAAGAAAUACAAGAGUUAUGUCUUGGCUCACGGCCCAUCCCAAACUCCUGCUUCGGUCUCUUAGAUUCUUUGAUUGUGGAUGGGUGCAAGUUUUCAUCAGAUGUACUUCUACCAUUCACUUUACUUUCUUUCUUAGCUAAAUUGGAGUCGUUGGAAGUUAGAAAGUGUGAUUCUGUCAAAGUUAUUUUUGAUGUCAAAUGUACAACACAAGACAUGAUCACUUUUCCUCUAAAGAAAUUGACUUUAUCCCAGCUACCAGAUCUGAAGAAUGUUUGGAAUGAAGAUCCUCAUGGAAUUCUAAGCAUGCACCAUCUACAAGAACUACAUGUUAAGGAAUGUAAAGGCCUUAAAAGUAUGUUUCCAGCCUCAGGGGCCAAAGAAGUACUACUACCAUUCAAUUUACUUCCUUUCUUACCUAACUUGGUAACGUUGGAAGUUCGAAACUGCGAUGGUGUCAAAGCCAUUUUUGAUGUCAAAUGUACAACACAAGGCAGAGAUAUGACAUCUCAGCCUUUUUCUUUGAAGAAUUUGACUUUAUCGAAGCUGCCAAAGCUGAAAACUAUUUGGAAUAAUCCUCAUGGAAUUCUGAACAUGCGGCAUCUACGACAAGUACAUGUUGAGGAAUGUAAAUGCCUUAAAAGCGUGUUUCCGGCAUCAGUAGCCGAAGAUCUUUUGGAACUCGAAAGUCUAGUGGUAUUACACUGUGAGAGAUUGAUGACUAUUGUGGUAGAAGACAAUACAAAUGGAAGUCAAGAGUUUACGGUACCCUGUCCCUGUGUGAGAUCAGUGAAACUACGGGGCUUGCCCAAGUUCAAGUAUUUUUACUACUACUCUCUCACGUCUCACACUUACAAGUGUCUAGAAUCAAAUACCGAGAAUCAAGUCGAUACUGAGAAGAGUCUGAUACUUGCCAAAUAUGAAAUGGAGAAGAUUUCCGGUGAAGAAUUUCACAGAAAGCUCUUAAACAACUUAAAAGUUCUUACUCUCUCUUUUGGAUGGGAUGUACUUCAAUAUAAAAUUCUAGAACAGGUUCCCAAUAUUGAGAAGCUUGUGGUGUGUUAUGGUUCUUUCAAAGAGAUGUUUUGUCUUGAAAGUCCUAAUAAUGUGAAUUAUAGUGGACUUCUAUUACAACUGAAAACAUUACGAUUGGAGUCCCUUGAAGAGUUGGUUUCCAUUGGGUUAGAAAAAUCUUGGACUGAAUCCUUUGUCAAAAAUCUAGAAACUUUUGAAGUCAUUAGUUGCUCAAAAUUGAAAAACGUGGUAGAAAGCAAAGUGUUUCUCUCCAAUUUGACAUAUUUGAAACUUGAAAGUUGUAAUAGCUUGCAAUAUUUGUUCACAUCCUCAACGGCCAAAACUUUGGGUCACCUUAAAGCAAUGGAGAUAGAUAGUUGUUACUCAAUUGAAGAGAUAGUGUUUAAGGAGGACGGGGAGAAAUCAGAUGAGGAGGAGAUAAUAUUUCCGAAACUCAUUCGUUUGAAUCUUUACUAUUUACGGAAACUCCAAUUGUUCUAUAGAGGGAGAUUAUGUUUCCCAUCAUUAGAGGAAUUGUUAGUACCAGGUUGCACCGAAAUGGAAACUUUCUGUAUUGGUACGAUAACAGCAUGCAAGUUGUCUCAAGUUAAACUUGGACGAUAUUCACAAGCUAUUCCUAUAGAAGAUGAUCUCAACCAGACUAUGCGGAAGGAAUUUCUAAAAGAGACACUAGGGGAAACAAGGAUUGAUCUCAAAAAAAAAUCCAAGACUACUCAAGAUAUGGAACAACUCAAUGCAGAUCCCUCGUUUCAGUAAUCUGAUCAGAUUGACUGUGACUGACUGCGAGUUUUUAUCAGAUGCAGUGCUACCCUUCUAUUUCCUUUCUUCAUUACCCAAAUUGGAAACAUUGCAAGUUCGAAACUGUGGUUCUGUUAAAACCAUAUUUGA